UGGUGUAUAUAUAUUUUUUAAACGCGCUGCGCCGUUUCAAUACGACAUAUUGUAACGUUACACUGCAAAAUAACGUGACCUCCACACGAUUACCAAGCAUGGACCCCAAAAUAAUCAACCCAGUGACUGUAAUGGCAAUGGAAUAGUGGGAUUUUUUUUUUAAACUAUAAACUGUGAAAAAGACAAAUUCCCGUCAAUAAGAUUUGUUGCAUUUGUCGUUGUUCCGGUUGUGUCUGUCAGCGCUACAUCCGCGUAGUCCCACUUGUUUUGACAUGUUACGACGAUUCCUUACUCCGCGACAUUUAAAUGAACUAUGGAAAAGCAGCAGUGUUGUGUUCUCUCGUGUCAACAAAACGCAAGCCGUCGGGGUUUCGCCAGCCCUCUCCGCCUGGCACCCAAGUCGUCCCUUCAGUACUGGUUGUCCACAGAAAAAGGAGAAUGUUGACUUGGACAAAUGGAAAUCCGUAAUGAGAGCACAGUCUUCUUCAGCUGAGCAAGAAGAUGCUGAGGAUGAGGACGCAAGUGACGAGGAUGAAAUCCUUGAAGGCAGUUUGAAGAACAGUCUGGAGGCAGCUCGGGAGCUGGUUGCAAUGUGGCGGCUAGCUGGUAAACUGGUACCUCAAGAGAUGUCUGAUGACAAAUUAAAGAUCCUGGCAGACCUCACCACGAAGUCUGCAAGAAAAAAGUACUUGAAGUACCUGGCUUUGAAAGAAGGCCAUAAAAGAGUGCGCAAGGAGAAGCAGCAGCAAAAGAAAGCAGCAAGGGAAGCGUCGCUAGAGCAGAAAAGAGCUCAAGGUGCAGAUGGAGACCAGAAAGAAUUAAAAAACACUUUCAUACCCCAGUUCUGGAAUCGCAACCUUGACCGAGUGCUGGCCUGGAGGUGCAUCCAGGCCAUGUUGUUUGACCAGCCUCUGGUCUUUGACAUGAGCUACGAGUCCAACAUGUCCAGGCGGGAGAUUGAAAACACAGUGUCCCAGCUGAUAGAGGUGGAAGGAGCGAACAGACGUGCCAAGGAGCCUUACCAUCUACAUUUUUGUAACCUACAACCAGAUGGAGCCUACAUGAAGGAGUUGCUCAAGCGCUAUGGUGCAGAAACCUGGGAUCGUCUGCUCAUCACCAGCACAGAAUGUCAGGCUGUUGAUCUGUUUCCUCGUGAUCGCCUCGUUUACCUCACUGCGGACUCACCCAAUGUUCUCCGCACCUUUGACCACUCAAAAGUCUACAUCAUCGGUGCUCUCGUGGACCGGUCGAUUCUCUCCGGUUUGUCAUUGGCCAAUGCCAAGCGCCUGAAGUUGGCCACGGCCCGUCUACCACUGGAUGAGUUCCUCCACUGGGAGAUGGGAGCCAAAAAUCUGACCCUGGACCAGAUGAUACGCAUAAUGAUAAGCAUGAAGGAAACAGGGAAAUGGGAGGAGGCACUGAAAUUUGUGCCCAAAAGGAAGUAUGUUGACUUUUACCAGAUGGAGCAACAAAUCACCAAUCACGGAUCAGGAGAGAAUGGGGACAAGUCUUCAAAACCCACAGGUCUAAAAAGUAAGAAGACUGUCAGAAGUGGGGACCAAAAUGCAUACAAGCUUCAAGGAGGGCCUGGGUUCACUGGGCUGAACCAAGUAUCUGGACCACCUCGAAACAGAGAGAGCAAAACAGCUGCAACCAGAGUGCGAGCAUCUCUUAAGAGUAGCAUGGAAGGAAGACGUGAGAGCAAAAGCAGGGUGUGGUGGGACAAUUAAGGACAUAGUAAAAUGGACACAUUGUUUCCGUUUACACUUACGCAAGAAUGUCAUACUAAAGUGAAUAAAAUAUCAAUAUACUGUUGUUCUGGGGGUAUCUCCAUUUCUUUUCUAUUGAAGUUCCUUCAAUAUGUAGUUACUCAACAGAC